AUGGAUGUCUCUCUUUGCCCAGCCAAGUGUAGUUUCUGGCGGAUUUUCUUGCUGGGAAGCGUCUGGCUGGACUAUGUGGGCUCCGUGCUGGCUUGCCCUGCAAAUUGUGUCUGCAGCAAGACUGAGAUCAAUUGCCGGCGGCCGGACGAUGGGAACCUCUUCCCCCUCCUGGAAGGGCAGGAUUCAGGGAACAGCAACGGGAACGCCAGCAUCAACAUCACGGACAUCUCCAGGAAUAUCACUUCCAUACACAUAGAGAACUGGCGAGGUCUGCACACGCUCAACGCCGUGGACAUGGAGCUCUACACCGGCCUCCAGAAGCUGACCAUCAAGAACUCAGGACUUCGGAGCAUCCAGCCCAGAGCCUUUGCCAAGAAUCCCCACUUGCGCUAUAUAAACCUAUCGAGUAACCGGCUCACCACACUCUCAUGGCAGCUCUUCCAGACACUGAGUCUUCGAGAAUUGAGAUUGGAGCAGAACUUCUUCAACUGCAGCUGUGACAUCCGCUGGAUGCAGCUGUGGCAGGAGCAGGGAGAAGCCAAGCUGAACAACCAGCACCUCUACUGCAUCAACGCCGAUGGCUCGCAGCUGCCCCUGUUCCGUAUGAACAUCAGCCAGUGUGACCUCCCUGAGAUCAGUGUGAGCCACGUCAACCUGACUGUACGAGAGGGUGACAACGCUGUCAUCACUUGCAAUGGCUCUGGAUCACCUCUGCCCGAUGUAGACUGGAUAGUUACUGGACUGCAGUCCAUCAACACCCACCAGACAAAUCUGAACUGGACCAACGUACAUGCCAUCAACCUGACACUGGUAAAUGUGACAAGUGAGGACAACGGCUUCACCCUGACAUGUAUUGCGGAGAAUGUGGUGGGCAUGAGCAAUGCCAGUGUCGCCCUCACUGUGCACUACCCUCCGCGCGUGGUGAGUCUUGAGGAGCCGGAACUGCGCCUGGAGCAUUGCAUUGAGUUCGUGGUGCGAGGCAACCCGCCACCCACGCUGCACUGGCUGCACAAUGGGCAGCCGCUACGGGAGUCCAAGAUCACCCAUGUCGAGUACUACCAGGAGGGCGAGGUCUCCGAGGGCUGUCUGCUCUUCAACAAGCCCACCCACUACAACAAUGGCAACUACACCCUCAUUGCCAAAAACCCGCUGGGCACAGCCAACCAGACCAUCAACGGCCACUUCCUCAAGGAGCCCUUCCCAGAGAGCACGGAUAACUUUGUCUCCAUUUACGACGUGAGCCCCACACCCAUCACUGUGACACACAAACCAGAGGAAGACACUUUUGGGGUGUCCAUAGCUGUGGGACUUGCUGCUUUUGCCUGCGUCCUGUUGGUGGUUCUCUUUAUCAUGAUCAACAAGUACGGUCGACGGUCCAAAUUUGGAAUGAAGGGUCCUGUGGCUGUCAUCAGUGGUGAGGAGGACUCAGCCAGCCCCCUGCACCACAUCAACCAUGGCAUCACGACGCCCUCAUCGUUGGACGCUGGGCCAGACACGGUGGUCAUCGGUAUGACCCGCAUCCCAGUCAUUGAGAACCCUCAGUACUUCCGUCAGGGACACAACUGCCACAAGCCAGACACGUAUGUGCAGCACAUUAAGAGGAGGGACAUCGUGUUGAAGCGGGAACUGGGCGAGGGAGCCUUUGGGAAGGUCUUCCUGGCCGAGUGCUACAACCUCAGCCCAACCAAGGACAAGAUGCUCGUGGCUGUGAAGGCCCUGAAGGAUCCCACCCUGGCUGCCCGGAAGGAUUUCCAGAGGGAGGCUGAGCUGCUCACCAACCUGCAGCAUGAGCAUAUUGUUAAAUUCUACGGGGUGUGUGGUGAUGGGGACCCGCUCAUCAUGGUCUUUGAGUACAUGAAGCAUGGAGACCUAAACAAGUUCCUAAGGGCCCAUGGGCCGGAUGCUAUGAUCCUUGUGGAUGGGCAGCCACGCCAGGCGAAAGGUGAGCUGGGGCUCUCCCAAAUGCUCCACAUCGCCAGUCAGAUCGCAUCAGGCAUGGUGUACCUGGCCUCCCAGCACUUCGUACACCGGGACCUGGCCACCAGGAACUGCCUGGUUGGAGCCAAUCUGCUGGUAAAGAUCGGGGACUUUGGCAUGUCCAGAGAUGUCUACAGCACCGAUUACUACAGGCUCUUUAAUCCAUCUGGAAAUGAUUUUUGUAUAUGGUGUGAGGUGGGAGGACACACCAUGCUCCCCAUCCGUUGGAUGCCCCCUGAAAGCAUCAUGUACCGGAAAUUCACUACAGAGAGCGAUGUGUGGAGCUUCGGGGUGAUCCUUUGGGAGAUCUUCACCUAUGGAAAGCAGCCAUGGUUCCAGCUUUCAAACACAGAGGUCAUCGAGUGCAUCACCCAAGGCCGGGUGCUGGAGCGGCCCCGAGUCUGCCCUAAAGAGGUGUACGACGUCAUGCUGGGGUGCUGGCAGAGGGAGCCCCAGCAGCGGCUGAACAUCAAGGAGAUUUACAAAGUCCUCCAUGCUUUGGGGAAAGCCGCCCCCAUCUACCUGGACAUCCUCGGCUAGUGGUCGGUGGCUAGUGGUCACGGAUGCAUACUCUGUUGCCUCCUCUCUCCUGGCCUCACAUCCCCCCUCGUCCACCUCACACUCCCUUCUUCCAUCCUGACUGAAGCAAACAUCUUCAUAAACUCAAGUGCCUGCUACAUAUACAACACUGAAAAAAAUGAAAGAAAAAAACCUGUAAGGCAGUUUGGCGAAUAUAUAUAUAUAUAUAUUUAUAUAUAUAUCUAACUAUCUAUCUAUCUAUAUCCACAGAGAGAUACAUUCUCUAAUACAGAGAGAAACUGCUGAUACAGAAACCGUAAGACUGUAACAACAACUCAGAAAAUCUUAAGUGUUAUGAAUGCAAAUGGCAGUUCCCUUUGACCGAAGCUGGAGCCCAUGGUUCUUUGGCUCCGGCUUUUCUGGGGCGGAAGACCGUGAUGACGCAGAGACCGUCUUCAUGCUGGGACAGGAGGCGCUGGGCUGGAGUGCAAAUCACCGCUGUGCAGGUGAUGCCCUGCACCUGUGUGGUACCCCUCCACCGUUCCUGAGGGCUGCACAGGUGCAUGGGCAGACCUCAUCCACUGCUCUCAGGAUGCAGCAGGAAGUAACAUCGGCCCAGGGGCUCUGGAAUCCCUCAUGUCUCCCCUGAGUAUUGCUCCACGCCUUCCCCUUUCCUCCACUUCAAGACAAUUCUCCAAUUUGCCCAUUCUAGAAAGUAGAGUCCUGAUGCUUUUGGAAGUCAAUGAGGGCACCUACCACUAAACACUGAACAACCAACAAGACCACAAAACCAUGAUGACAAUGGACCACAUCCGUCUUGGGUGUAAACCAUGCUCAAGUUCCUUCCUCAGUUUGAAAGAGAUGUGUCAUCUGUUCUCUGAACUUCAAGAACUGGACGUUCUGGGCUUAACCACAGAAGAAAAAGUGAAAUUUGAACCUUCCCUAUCAAGGCACUGCCUCCAUCUUUUCCUCACUGGAAAGACUCCUUGGCCCCACCUCCCACAUUCAGGCCUUUGGGGGAGUUUGGGGGCGUAGGGAAUAUUCCCCAUGUUGCUUGUGGAUGUGGACACAGCAGGGUUCCAAUAGCAGGAGACUUUGUUCCUUGUAGGUCAUUUUAAGGUAUGCCCCUCCGUAUCCUGUUUCUCAUCCUGCCCACCCUAGAUCCUUAGCCCCCACUUCCUGGGCCUCUUGCAAGUCCCAGGUAAACCUCACUGCCAGGGAAGGAAGCCAGGUCUAGCGAGAGUGGGGGGCAGUGCUUAUUUCAGGGAGCAAGGCCGUGGAGUGGGCAGGAGCUGGCAGCGGAGAAUCUAUUUGGUGCCUGCACCGGCCCCUUGGCAUUCUCCUCACGUUUCCAGCCCCUGGAAGGAUUGAUGCAUCUGCCUUUGAGCUUGCUGUGAACACUCAGGGGCUGAAAAAUCGCUUUUGUGGGCUGGGGGUGGGGGAGGGGCUGGGGCCUCUCUGGGAGGUGUCCACUGCCUGGCCACAGCCACAGGCUUGGCAUCUUAAUGAGGAUGGAGCCCUGACCAGCGAGAGAGAAGGAGGCUUCUGGGCUGCAGUCCUAGCCCUGCUGUCAAGGGCUGUAACAAGGGCAGAUCCCUGGGCCUCCCUGACACGUGACAAUGAAAUGCCCCUGGAAGGCAAUGGCCUGGCCCCCACGGAGCCCUCCUGCCGGAGAGAGGACAGGGCCCUCUCAGCUCACUGGCCCAUCCAUCUCACCCCAAGCACAGAGCUACCUAAUAGACUGGCCUUUGCCCCCUGGGGGCCUCCAGGGGGCCUCUGACCGGCACACUGCCCUGUCAGCCUGAGGGGCUGGAGCAGCUUGAGCGGCCCGGUCAGCUUCAGUGUGGGCGUCUCUAUGGGGUUUAGGACUAAGUCCUCUAUUUGUGGUUUUUCUUUUUUUUUCUUUUUUUUUUUUUAUGAACAAAUGUUUUUAUUCAAAUAGAAAAGAGCUGUGUUUGGACUGUUGGCCUUGGUUGGGAGUCAGGGAUCAGUGAGGCUGCUCAGCUGGGUGGGAGGGGAACCAGGGUUUGAUGUGGGUUUGGCAUUGUGCUGGGUUCCCAUCCCUGAGGACUUUUGAGGAGAGCUAGGUGGAUUGACCACGUCAGAGGAACCCUUGGCUGUCCCCUGGCAGUUAUCCCCCCGUCUUUGUGCAUGGAGGCCCUGGGCCUAUUCUGGGGCUGUUAAUGCAGGAUGAGCUAUGUACGCAGUCUCAUGUUGAGCAGGGUAAUGAAAGGAAAGCUGUUCAUGGACAGAGGGCCUUGAGGGAGAAGGGUCUUCUGGUUAGACGUGAAGCUCCAAGGCUCCUGUUGCUGCCAAAACAAACUCCAGAAUAGAUAGUGUCCCCCAAACACACCCUGUGUGGCUUCCAUCUCAUAGGCUGUGUUUCUAGAACUUCAUGGUCGCUGAUAGACAAGGAAGCAUGGGGCAUGGGAAAGGGUUGGAAGCUCCUGGGCAGCUGGGAAUGAGGAACAGGCUAGGUUUUCAACUCAGGGUGUGAAGGCAUCAUGGCCUAAUGGGAGAAGCUAGUUCCUUCAGGAGCAAGGAGCCCUGAAGGAGACCAAAGUCAGAUUGCACAGGCCCUGGUACUGUAUGGGGAUGUGGCUUUGUCACAUCCACCCUGAGCAGCUGCCUCUCCUAAGAGUGGAAGAAUGAAGGGUGGCCGAGCAAGAAGGAGUAGAGAGGGAGGAUGGGCCUUUUUCCUCCCUUGUUAUGUAUGCUCUCUGUAUGGAGGGUACAUGUCGAUUUUAUGUCAAGCAGGUAAAAAAAUAAAAAGCUUUUUGGAGGGUGAGGGAGGCAGAGAGUAGGACACUGUGGGAACUGAAGGAGCACCCCAGGGCCCUGGGGGGCAAGCAGAGGACACUGUUCCUCCUGUGGUGAGAAGAACCAUGGAGACUUCCUGUCCUGUGUCUCAGGCUCCUGUCAAACGAGAGAUGCCUGUUAAUCUCUGGCCCCUGCGGGGUUUGAAAUGUUUCGAUUCUCACAGCAUUGGGUUACCGCCCUGGAAUGCCAGGGUGGCCCUUGUCAGGCUUGGGGGGAGUGAGAGGCAGAGACAGCUGCUCCCAGGGGCUCGUGGACCUGGGCAUGCAUGGGUCCCAUGAGAUACUCCUCCACGUUACAGUGUGAAGUGUCUGAGGUGACUUUCAGCCCAAAGGGCUCAUUUGGUCUCGUUCUCCACCCCCAGCCUCUUUGUACACCAGAAAGUGCUGGCAAAUGCCUAUUUAUCUGUUUAUUUUCAAAGAGCUUAAUGUGGUUGAAUGAGUCUUAAAAAUGACAUCCUUUCAGCCAGUUUGGCCACCCCAAUCCACCCAGUUCUCAUCCCUCCACGCCACAAUCCACAUUAAAGAAACAAAAAACAAAAAACAUAUGCCAGAGCAGCUCUUAGGGCAAGGCUGGAUACAGACCAAAUUUGUGAGCUUUGGUGGAAGCUCCUGGUGGGUCACCCAGGCUGACUGUCCUGCCAUGUCAUCCUCAUCUGAUCCCCUCCUGGGUUGAGUGACAGUGGCCUGCUGUUGGAGACCGCUUGGAUUAGGGAGGCAUGGCCAAGUGUCUUCCCUGUUCUUGACUUUGGAUGUGUCCCAGAUGCUGCCCUCUCAUUACAUUCCCCAGCCCCAAAGUGGAUCUUGAGACUCACUAAGCCUUCUCUUGCUAACAGAAGAGGGAUUUACGUUCCUCCACUCAGCAGAUCACACACAGAUCAUCCCUGGAGAAAGGCUUUCUACUGGAGACAAUGGGAGGCUUGGUCCUCCUGGCUUCAGAUUGAACCUUACCAUUCUUCUCUAGUGAUGCUUACUUUGUGGAAUAUACUAGUGUAAAUAUUUUUGGUGCUAAAUACUACAGAAAUCAACACCAACAAGAGAGCUGACAGCCAGCUUCCAGGGCUGUGUGAGACUCCACUCAAAAGUGGAAGUGAGUCAGUCAUGCCGGGAUGGUAGAGGAUACAUGGGAGCUUGGGUGGGAGUAUACAGUGAUGUGGAGAGACUGUCAAUGAAACUCCAGGCUUUGCUUUUGGUUACCUGGGUGACCUUAGCCAGGUCCGCUAAUCUCUCAGACUAUCAGAUUUCUCAUCUGAGGCAUUUAAGAGGUUAGAAUAGAUAUCCUUAGGGUCCUUCUCACUCAAAAAAAAAAAAACCAAAAAAACCAAAAAAACAAAAAACCAAACCAGUCUGUUCUGAUGUUACUUUUUUUUUUUUUUUCACUUGAUUAUAGAAAUAAGAGAGAGAUGAGAAGCAGGUAAAGAAGGGGAGUUGGGAAAGUUACCAAGGGCAAGACAUUGAUUAUAGAAGGCAAACAGGAAAGACUCCAUGAUCCUUAGGUUGGAGGGAUGUUGGUGGGGGGGAGCCAGGCAUGCCAGCCCUCCAGCUGCUGCCCGGGCCCUGUGGCUGACUUCCACAGGCUCUCCUCCUCAGCUCGCAAGCUUCUCCAUUCACCACCAACAUGCCCUAAGCUGGCAGAAACUACUCCAAGAUAGUAGUAGGGAGACAGGCCUGCCCACCUCUCGCGCAGGCCACUGGUAGCCUGAACUUAAAAACCGACAGAUGUUUAUCUUCACCUGCUAUUUCAAAGGGGUAGGAAGUUGGAAAGAGGGCAGUGUUUUAAGUUGUGGACUCUUCACCAAAGUCCUUUCCCUUCAGUCCUGCAGAGUGGCAUCCUUGCUCUUCUUUUUCAAACCAAACAGCAGCAGUAUUAGCUCAUUCGAGGUGUGGUUACUGCAAUGGACAGUCUUGAGCUUUGGGAUCCUCCUUGUGCUUUGCUAGAGUCUAGCGCAAAGAAACAUCUAUAGUUCUUGGUGGAAUGAGCCCAUGUGCCCACAGUCUAGAGAACUGCCCUCAAAUGCCUCUGGGAUGGCUACUGUCAGCUCUGAUGGAGACAACCAGUUAGAAUACCUGAUGGCCUUUGCCCUUCAGCAAGAAAUGGCACCUGUAACCCACGGCUUGGUGCCAUAGCCACUUUGUUUUUGGUCCCUGGUACGCCAAACUUUUCUAUGUUACUAAAUAAAAUUUUUUGGCCAACACUUACAUUCUAAAGGGAAAUUCCAAGUUUUUGUAUCAUUUUUAAGAUGUCAGUAUAGACUCCAGAAAAUGCUUUGGGGUUGCUUAAUAUCACUGGUAUCAUCGUCUGAGGGGAAGUGUAGGCCUGUACACAUUAUAUUCUUGCAUCUAUAGCUUUAAUUGGACUGGCUUCAGUGAAAGUCUGCUUGGAGCCAGCAAAUGGAUUCCUUGAUGCUUUGUCUUUUUGAGCCUUACAUUCCUUGGGGGUGAGAUAUCCAGAGAUGGCCUGGCCUAAGAGAGCCAGUCAAAGUGAUGCUACUGGGAAAUAUGUCAUCUUGUAAAAUUUGAUCAUUUGGUGCUCCCUGAAUUAAAUUAUGCUGGUGACAACAUUCUGGGCAUCUGAAAAUCUCUCCUCCUGGCAGUCUGAUAGAUGACCAUGCAGAAAUGAUUUAUACCAUACUCCAUUUGGGUAUUGGCAUUGAAUUCACCAGGGAUACAUGUACAACCACCCCCUAGGUGGGAUGGGACAGAGAGAAUGUGAGAUAUUGAUAAUACUCUUUCAGAAGGGUGACUGUGGUGGAUGUGGUGAACAUCAGUGUCACUACUUUGGGUGAUAGGUCUUUUGUUGUGAGCAUAGGCUGGUCAACCCUGAGGAUCUGAAUCUUGGCUUCUAAUAGAGUCUAUUUCCCUGGUGCAAUCUCCUCAAGUAUAGUUUCCUUGACUGCCGCCCCCCCCCCCCCAAUUCUAUACUUUGCAACAAGAGAUGUCUCUGCCCUAAGUCUUAGUGUGCCAACAUAGACAUUUUCUGAUUUCAUAAGAUCUAUGGAGAUUGAAGUCCCCCUCAAAAAUACUUGAAAUUCUUGAUCAGAGUAAUAAAAUCCAGAUUCUCCCUCCUCUUUGGCUAAUUAAGUUCCAAAUUUAAAACAAGGUUCAGUUUGAUAUUUGCAGUUGGGAUGAUGUCUUAAACCAGUGUGUUGAGCUAUUUCCCAUCAUAUGGAGGCAGGGGAGUAAGCUCUGUUAAUUUUUUCUAGUCACCAAUGUAAACAUCCCUUUGUGUGCAGUGCCAUGGCCCAAACUUGUAGCUUGCAAGAGAUACUUAUGGCCAACAAAGCUAGAAGUUUAUAGAUACAACAAGAUAACACAGAUGAGGAAAGGCCUAUUGGUUAUCUAUUUCUGAGAAGUGCCUUGGCACUUGCUUAGGUGUCUUGCUUUCCAGUUUGACAUAUUUUGAGAAGAGUUGAUUUCUUUUCACUUUAGACAAUGACCAAUUAAAUAUCUUUCCUCAAAGUCCAAAGGAAGAUUGAAAGCCCAGAUAUCCACUCAUUCUCUGAUAUUUUUUGAAUGCAGUUUCCCAAAAGCCCAAUGAGAAAUGCCAAUACUCAAAUCUAGGUCUGAUAGUUAUUCCUUCAUUUAAGAAGAGUGUAUACUCAAAUGAAUAGCUUCCUGAAAUGUCUUGUUUCUUUCUUGGAGAACUCUCCAUGCUCUAUCUACACUUAACAGCUGUGUGACAUUUAGCCGAUGACUCUGAGCCCACCUCUGGAGUGAAUACAUAAACCUGGUCCAGGCGAUUUGAUUUCUACUUUAUGCAGAAGAGAAGUAAAUCUCAGUAAAGAAGAUUUUCUUUCAUUUUUAUGCUUUUUACAUUUUUUUUUCCCCUUUUGGCUCUAUCCUCUUGCUUCCAUGGGACUGACAAUCCAGCUUCUCAAACUCCAUGAAAGUCUUAAUGUGAGGUGAAUUCCAGGACCACAAACAGUUAGGACUUCAAACAGUGAGAAAAUUGGCGCUGAAUGAUUCGGCACACAAAGCAGAAAACCUUCAUUUCCUGCAGGCAGGAUGGAAUUGACUGUUAUAUUAAGACUUGUGAAGGAGCCCUGCCCCGGAGUAAUUUUAGUGCUGUCAGACAACGUUGACAUCUAGAUUAACCUCUGUGCAGUGAAGUUUACUGCAAAGCUCAUUGAGAUGCAAGUGGUGUAUCUCCACAAAUCCUAUCUGGAACUCUCAGUGGCCCACCCUCAGCAAACCCUCAUCCCUUCCCACCCACUGCUCUCUCCAUCCAUGAACUUUUAGCCUCCAGGAGCAGAGAAGCCAGGACUGGGAUCUGACCUGAGGAAAGGGAGUUUCAACCUUUCUCUGACCACAGUACUGAGCCAAGCUUUCUGUUCAGUGGGAGUGACAGUGGUUGUCACUGUCUUGAUUUUCCCUGAGGGGACUGCACAUCAGUUAUGAAAGCCACUCUGCUGAUGACAAACAGCUUUGCAGCAUAUUUCGGUGCUGCACAAAGUGAAAUGGUUUAUAAAGAAUUAGUGUGCUCUGCAUCAGUGAGCCCUGCUCUGCCUCCCUCCUCCCCCCUGGUGCAGCAAUUCUAGGUGUGGAUGCAACAGAUCAGAACUGCUGCCAGGUAGCCAGGGGAGUAGUGGGUUCUGAUGGACAAAGGGCUUGCGCUGGGUCUGUGCUGGUGUUUCCUAUUUUCCUUAUGAGAAAGGUAGUCCCUGCUCCUCUUCUCUUGGUUGGGACAGAGUGUGCAUCUGUCCUCUAAGUCCCAGCUUGUCAGCUUUCUCCUUAUGGAGUGGUGGGCUCCACUGUAAUCCGCUCCCCUUUCUAACUCACUGUGUGGUACCACAUCAAGACGUAAGCGGCUAGCAGAAACCUCAAAAUUGAAAUCACAACUUCUUUACAAAUUAACGCUAUUACAUUAAAAGUCUUAGGAAUAGGCAGCUUAGAUUAAGACACCUCCACCUUCAGACUCCUUAGCACUGCAACACAUCAUCACAGGUGUCUUGGGAAACUUAGUUCAGGAUUUUAGAAUACUGUGAAGUCCAGAGAACAUAUUUCUCUGGGGUUUUACUGAUCCUGAUUCUCUCUGAAAUCGUUUUUUCCUACUUUGCCUCUUGCCUGGAAUAUGAGUAACAAUCUCCUUGUAUGUUCUUAGAUAUUUCUUUAGGAAAAAUGAAAGCCAGCUCAAGGACAUUGUGUUUAUUGACUGGGCAAAAUAGAUUUCUGGGCCAAGUAAUGUCACAGUCAUAUAGAGGCAAACCUGAUGACUUUAUUUAAAAGCAAUUAUAAGUGUUAUGUUUUGUUCUAAAGCUCAAGCUCACAUCGUGCAAACUACAUUCACGUUUCAUUUUCAUUACUUAUGAUAAUUGUUUACAUGCACACAUAUGCACCCCAUCCCUGACACACACGCAAAUACAUCUACACCCCUCUUGGUCCAAUAUGAUCCAACAAGUCAAUGUGGGCUUUCUGUUUUUCCCAAUGAGCCCUGUGUUAAUGUAUGUGCAAAUAAGUGUGCUCCAGGUAUGUGGCCUCUUAAAUUUAUCUAUAGUUCAUCUCUCUCUCUCUCUCUUUUUUUUUGUAAUUAUCACACAGCUUUUGACUUUUUUUUACUAUGAGUCAUUUAUGGAGUUGGGGUUUUUCAAAGGAGACUAAAUCCUAAGUUUUCAGAGCCUUUAUAUUUAAAGGCUGGACUAGUUUUCGAGGAGAAACACCAAACCAAACCAAACCUUGGUGCAGAUUUUAUUUAAUUAAUUUUGGGGGAUGGGGGUGGGAAAGCUUGAAGAAUACAUACUAAGUACAGAAAUAAAUGUGAAUUAGUUCAAACAGAUUCCUGAAGCUAUCUUGGAGCUGAAGCAGUUAGGUAGAAAACUCAAACAUUCAGAUUGAAUCAGAACUUGGGAAAGAAUCAGAUCUUCCCUUUCCAUGGGACAUGAAAGGCAUCCUGAGUUGGAAGUGAGCAGACUGGACUGGGUGUUACUUGGUGGGUGACUGGGCACAGGUCACUUCAGUUAUCCUGGCCAAGUGGAAGUGUCCUUAGUACAAGGGGGCAGCUGGCUGCCAGUUGCAGACUAGCCGCCUCUCUGGUUCCAGUGAAGGGGCAAGCCGAUCCACUUCACCCACUGCUCUGAUCAGGAUCAAUAAAGCAUGUUUCAAGUCUCCUCUAGAACAAGUGUGCACACUCUACAGAGUCACCCCCCUUUCAUUGUGCAGACAGUUCACCUGCCAUGGAAAGCUGUCCAGACUCUGAACUCCUGUGGUCCUUCCAAUGUCCCUGAAUCCACCCCUUAAAGGCUGGCUUUUAUCUCUGAAAAAUCAGGGGAAGCCCUCUGAGCCCAUCUCCCUCUUCCCUCACCUGAGCAUCAGCCUCACUUGUGACUGAGCCUAUGUUUCUGGAGGAGAAAACAGUGUGCUCUCACAGCCAUCCUUCAGUCUCUUUCCAGCUCUGUGGACCAAGUGAUUAGCUCCUCAUUAGCACCUCAUCAGUUGCUCUUGCACAAGAGACUCUGGAACAACAAGCCUAUUAUAAUGCUGUAGUCUGUCUUUUUGAAGUCAUCCCUUCCUUCCGGCUUGGUUGGGAAAGGAGAGCCUGCCACAAACAGCUUUUCCUUCAAAUUUUUCUGGCUUUUUUCCCUGACUUUUAAAUACACUGGUAAAUGACAAACCAUGGUUUUCUUUUUUGUUUUCCAGGCCCCUACCUAUGUGAGUACACUUUGCCCCUAUCAAAUAGGAGCGCAAUAUGUCAGCAAAGUCUUUAUUUAUUUAGCGAGUGGCUAUAAUAUUGACACAAAGAUUUGCAGCAUCUAAAUCUUGAAGGGAAUAAAAGGCUUUUUCUAUCAAAUGAGAUCUUUACUGUGAUAGCACGAGAAAGGUUUAUACCAUAAGAACAGAAAUGAACCUGAGAACAUGCUCCCUCUUUAGGGAACAAUGUGGUAGAAGAAAUCACUGGAGAAAUCACCGGAACACUAGACCCUCUAUUCCACAGAUCAUUAUGUAUGAAUAGAUGCUUCAACUCUGUCCUUGACAUGGCUCUGAAAACACAAUAAUGAACAAUGAUCAACUCUUCACAUUUACUAUUAAAACAAUUUCAUCAUGCCUAACCCAACCCCUAUUUUUUAAAAAUACAAUUUUUUCAUAAUUCUGGGGAUAGUUCAAUAUUGUUGUUUUCUUUCCUGGGCGCCUUCUAAUAUUUUCAAUACAAUUUCUAAUUUUU